AUGGAAUAUUUUGCGAAUUCUUCUAAUGUGAGAUCAUUUGCUACACCUACACCUACUGUACGAUUUACGUACACUUUAGUAACGGGCGGGCAAACCCAAUCAGAGCCAGUACUAGAAAGAAUGAAUGCGACUGAUGUAAAUGAGUUAGUUCCUUGUCCACCUUGGAGUAACAGGGUAUCGAAAAUGGCUCAACCCAACUUGGAUUUUAUGGCUCCCGAAACUCAAUUAACUUCGAAGGGCAGCCUACUUAGUGAUAUGUUUUCAUUGGGUUUGGUAAUAUGUGCCGUCUUCAACAAUGGACGUCCGCUUAUACAAGCCGGUAAUAUAGUUUCAAAUUAUAUGAAGCAGUUGGAAACGCUGGAAGAGUCUGUGCAGAAAAUGCUGCCGCGUGUACCGUUACCACUACAGGCGGCCACCUCACGUUUGGUUAGUAAAGAUGCUACUGCCAGGCCGACGGCGCAACUGCUGCAACUGAUUAAGUACUUUAUAGAUCCCGCUGCAAAUGCACUCAAGUUCUCAGAUAUGGUAAACAUGAAUGAUAAGUGGCAAAAAUCGCAUUUUUACAAAACUACACUAAUGGAAACGCUGCCGCUGAUACCGAGGAAAUUGUGGUGGCAAAAUGUGUGGCCAAUGUUGCAGGCCGAAAUUAGCAGUGGUGAAGUGCUGGCGGCUGUCUUACAACCGACCAUUAGACUCAUACAAGAGGCAUCGCCAAGUGAAUACGAGUCGAUUAUGGCGCCGACAAUGAAAGUUAUUUUCAGUUCACCCAAAUCCAUCCAGGCUACUGUGACUUUACUGGAAAAUUUACAUCUCAUUACUGAGAAGACGGCACCUAAGGAUGUUACCACCGACAUUAUUCCAAUGCUGUUCUUUGCUUUCGAAAGCUCAAUAAUAAAAGUGCAGAGAGCUGCCGUCGUUGCAGUUACAAACGUAUUCGACAACAUUGAAGAUGUCUCUAUAAGACGUAUGGUUGUGUCAAAGGUAAAAUCGGUGUUUGAAAAAAAUCUUGCCGAUCCAAAAAUUGUGCAAAAUGUUCUCAUCUGCAUUGAAGGGCUGAUGGAUAAACUGGAGCGAGCUCAGGUUAUGAAAGAAGUCCUGCAGCUGCUUGGUGAUGUUCGCAUACCGGAUCCGGAUAUUGUGAUGCAUACAGUUCAUAUUUAUCAAAAAAUGGUUGCCGAUAAAACGUAUGGGCUGACGGUGGAAACGGUGGCGAUAGACGUGCUUCCAUUACUGAUACCGCACACCGUUAAUCCCGGCUUAAAUCUCGAACAAUAUUGCAUGCUGGUCGAGGUGCUGCAAGAGAUGCUCGAACGAAUUGACCGACAGCAACGUAACAAAUUGAAGCUUGACAAUCUGUCAAUACCAUCACCGGAACGUCAUCGUCCAUUGAGACAUCAAUACUCUUCGGAUAACAUGAAUGCACCACCAUUCAAUAUACCCAAUUUGCGAAUCGAUCAGCGAAAAACAUCCAGUGCUGAGAAUAUGCCACAGAAGAACUCUGGAGGUUCAGGCAUGCUGGGUGGUUGGUGGUUCGGUUGCUCGCUAUCAUCGCCCGAUAGUAACUUCCCGCGUGUUACUAAUGCAUUCCCCAACUGGCGUCUCUCGGAUAACACUUUGAAGAAACCGAAAACACGCAUAGCGCCAUCGUGUGCGUCCUCGCCUGGUGUAACGCCAAGCUCUGGACUGCCAACACGCCGACACUCGAGCAUUGGACCACAGGAGCGACGUGGCUCGACAAUCAAUCUGUCACCGCCUACUACGUAUGGUUUGGGUGCACGCGGUAGUUCCGGAUCGAGGUUUUCGGUACCCUCUUCGUCGGCCUAUGUUAAAUCUCCUUUAUUAUCCUCCAACAAACAGGGUGGAUCAAUGGCUAAUACAUCGAGCAGUGUACCAUUUUUAUUAUCAUCCAGCAUGCCAUCAAUCCGUUCCAGACGUACAUCUACUGUACACUCAUCGGGGCCACUGGGAUGUGGCUCUGGGAUUCUACAAAAACUUGGCAGCGGAAAGCUGUCAUGA